AUGUUUUUAACAAUAGCUGAUGAAUGGUAUUCAAAAUCGCAAUGUACUCAAAAAGAAUACGCAAAUCAUAUGGAUAUUGAAUGUGGAAAUAAAAUUAUUCUCAUUGGAUGGAGUCAUUAUGGAACGAAAAAACGUUCAACAACAAAUCAGCAAGAAUCACAACGAUGUGAACCAUUGGAGAGUGAUUGUAUUAUGGAUUAUACCCAUAAAAUUGCUGAAUUAUGUAAUGGUGUAUCAUUGUGUCAAGUUAUUUUAACUCAACAAUUUAUUCAUAAAUGUUCUGAUGAAGCCACUUAUUUAUUUAUCUCUUACCAAUGUAUAGCAAAUAAUACGAUAAUUGAUAUAUGUUCAAAACGUAGUCUAGAAUCAUCAACAGAAUUACAUUUGAUAACUCCAUCAUUUCCAAAUGAAUAUCCAAAUAAUGUCAAUUGUACAUGUUCAGUCAGUUCAACAGACCAAUCAUCAUCACAACAAGUGACAAUUGAUGUAGAGAGUUUAUCAUUUAAUUUACAAGAUAAUGAUUUUUUAUCAACUUCAACAUCCAUUUCACAGUCGGGUACAUUAUCAUUUGGAUCGUCGAUCGUUGCUGUAGAAAAUCAUAUUGAUUUAACAUUUACAACAGAUGAAACAUUAAGUCAAUCAGGAUUUUGGAUUAGACUACAUGGUUAUUCUUCUUGUGGUCGUGAUGAAUAUUCACUUGGUUCAAAAUGUUUACGAUUGUUUACUAUGAAACAUUCUUGGACAACUGCUCGUGAAAAAUGUCUAUCUAUUGGUAGUCGUCUAUUAAAACUAUACGAUAUUGUUGAAGAAAAAAAAUUAUUAAAUUUUCUUACAAAUGGACAAUAUCAAGAUACACAAUAUUGGAUUGGACUAUAUAAAAAUUCAGAGGAAUGGUUAUGGGAUACAAAACAAAAUAAAAAAUUUUCAAUUAAAUCGUGGUGGCCAUGGCGUACAUCAACCCCAUCGGAUGACAAAAAUUCCGAUGCAUCUAAUUGUGUUCUACGUACACAAGAUGGUUGGGUAAAAAAGCCUUGUGAAAAUGCUUAUGCAUUUAUUUGUGAACGUGAUACCAAUAGAGAACUAAUACCGUUAUCAGUUCGUUGUGGAAAUGCGCAACAACGAUUAUUUCCAAGUCCAACUACAACCACAACUACUUCUUCGUCUAUUCCAUUAUUAACGACCACUACAAUCGUUUCACCAGUAUCAAAAGUACAACUUCCUUUAAUAAAACGAACACGACGGCCAAAUCUUUUUAAUGAACGAGCAAACAACGACAAUAACUCACCAAAUUUAAAUAAUGAAGUAUAUAUUUCUCAAAAUCAACAAUUAGAUCCAUUAGAAGUAAAAAAAAAUGAAUUAAAUGUACAAACUCAACCAUCAACUACAAAACAUACGAUCGAUCCAACAAUAUUGGCUGCUGUUCUUGGUGGCGUCGCAAUAGCCAUAUUUUCUGUAAAUAUUGUUGUUUGUUACAUAUGUAGAAAACGUUCUCAAAAACAAUCAAAAUGUAAAACUCCCGUUGAAUCGCAAUCGUCUUUUACUCAUGAAGAAUUACAACGUAGUCUGAUGCAACAUCUAUAUCAUGAACAAACUAAUACAAUAUCGUCUACUUCAUCUUCAUCAAAUCACUCACAAUCACAAUCAAAUGAUACUACACGAACAACAACUGGCGUAUUAUCAGCACCACCUAUCACACCAAUUUUAUUAGGUUCAACAUCAUCACCUAACAAUAAUACGAAUUUUAAUUUAUUAACUGAUCAACCUACAUCAUUUGAUCAUCAAAAUUAUACAUUAACAAAAUGUCCACAACAUUUUUCUUCAUAUCCUACGUCAAAUAAUCAUCGACCAGGACAUGUUGUAGCAUGUAAUGGAAAUAGUGGAAGUUUAUGUUUUCGUAAUCCACAUGCCGAUUUAAAUACGACUCAAAAUGUUGAUUAUCAUGUUUAUGAAACAAUACCAUCAUCAUCAACGACAGAUACACCAUACAUGCUUCAUUCAGCAUUUAAACCUGUUCUUCAAGGACAAACACAAACAAUUCGUCCAUUUUUACCUAGAACAAAUAUAAUUUAUCGAAAUAGACAACAACCGUUAACGACGGUAAAUACAUCACCAUACGAUACAUCGACGAUAAAUUCGUCAACAAAAAAUAAUCAACAAACUGUUUUAAUACCCGUCUGUUGUGGUCAUCAUCAUUUAUCUCUACCAUCACAUCCACAACAAUUAUGUUGCAAUUAUAAUCAAACUAGUGUGAUACCAUCACAAAUAUCGAACAGUAAUAUGCCACGAUCGAAUGUUGAACAAAUUUAUGUUGGAUCUGAAUCCAUUGUAUAA